CUAGAACUCGAGCUUAAUUAGCCUGCAGCGAGCGGUCAAUUUUCUGCAACGCUCCAGUCUCCAAUCGUGCAUCAAGACUCACUUCUUAUCCAAGCGAUUAUAGCCGGCGAAGCACGUAGGUGCGCAUACCAAGGUGGUGCCUGGCGCUUUGUCCGCCGAGCAAUUCUUACGCAGCACAACUGGUGCUUUCGCUACAAGCACUUACUGGACGCAACACCCGCCACUCGACGCAAUGGCAGACGAGGGCCGAGGUCACAGAGGAGGAGGCUCUUCACGAAGAGGUUCUUCCAGAGCACAUCCAUACGUUGUACAGUCAACCGCUGACCAUGGCCAAGACUACGAGAGCACCAGAAGCCGAGACGAGCGGCCCCGCGACAGUAGAGACUCUCGCAGCGAUCGCCCCCGUAACCAUAAUCGCGAUCGCAGCAGGGAACGAGAUCGAGAUCGUGAUCGCUACCGAGCCGACGACCGCGACCGCGUCCACAAGCCGCCCCGAGGCUCUCACCGCACGGGCUUGAACCACAGUUCCGGCGACCGCACAAGACAUCGCGAGACGGCAUCACCACAACCGCCGAGAGGACCGCGUGAUCCAAACGCCCGCUUCCGGCCUACAGCACCGAAUGCAAAGACAGACAGAUCCGAUUUGGAUUCUGAGGUCAAGUCUAGAGUCGACGAUGUGAACAUGGACGACUUGAGCGAGGACGAGAAGAUGCUUCGGAUUAUGGGCUUCAAGAAAUUCAAGAGCACGAAGAACACGAAGAUACCGGGCAACGAAUUCAACUAUGCGGUGAGAAAAGAGAAGCAGACCAAGUACAGGCAGUACAUGAACCGACAGGGCGGAUUCAACCGGCCGUUGUCGCCGAGCUGAUGAGCGGAAUGGGAUGGACGAACGUCUUUGUCUUUUCGCCUUUAACGGGGUGAAUUCGGUGAGGAGAGCCAGCUGGCGGCUCGAUGACGGAAUGUCAAUGGCAUAUCCGUACUUUUGAAAACGAUGACCUAGACCGCCAUGAGGGAAGAAACAUAUGCGGGACCGCCUAGGCACAGCUCGGCGUGGUCCAACAAUGCAACGACGGUCUUGACUAUUUCACGCAGCAUGGCUGAAGCUGUGUUUUUAGAGCGUACUGAUCUAGAGCGCUAGUGCAACGGCAUAGUGAACAAAGAUUCACUUUCCUUCACCGUUUCUCGUCGGCAUUGCAUCGCCAGUUGUUAUAUUUCAUCCUCUUCCUCGUCAAAGUCAUCUUCGACUCCCAUCUCGUACAAUAUUCGCCCUCCCUCGCCGCCAGCGCC